GCGGGCUGCGGGGACAGCGCCCCUGGGGUGGUCCCGGCGCGCGGCGGCGACAUGGAGCACGGCGUGCUCAAGGAGGGCUAUCUGGUCAAGAGGGGCCACAUUGUCCACAACUGGAAGGUGCGAUGGUUCAUCCUUCAGCAGAACACGCUGCUGUACUACAAGCUUGAGGGGGGUCGGAGGGUGACCCCUCCCAAAGGCCGGAUCCUCCUGGAUGGCUGCACCAUCACCUGCCCCUGUCUGGAGUAUGAAAACCGACCCCUCCUCAUUAAGCUGAAGACUCGAACAUGCACGGAGUACUUCCUGGAGGCCUGUUCUCGAGAGGAGAGGGACGCCUGGGCCUUUGAGAUAGCAGGGGCUAUUCACGCAGGGCAGCCGGGCAAGGUCCAGCAACUCCGUGUGUUGAAAAACUCCUUCAAGCUGCCACCUCACAUCAGCCUGCAUUGCAUUGUGGACAAGAUGCACGACAGCAACAGCGGAAUCCGUCCAAGCCCCAACAUGGAGCAGGGAAGCACCUACAAGAAGACCUUCCUAGGCUCCUCCCUGGUGGACUGGCUCAUCUCCAACAGCUUCGCAGCCAGUCGUCUGGAGGCCGUGACCCUGGCGUCUAUGCUCAUGGAAGAGAACUUCCUGAGGCCGGUGGGCGUACGCAGCAUGGGAGCCAUUCGCUCCGGGGAUCUGGCCGAGCAGUUUCUGGAUGACUCCACAGCCCUAUACACUUUUGCUGAAAGCCACAAGAAGAAGAUAAGCUCCAAGGAAGAAAUGAGUCUCAACACCAUGGAGUUAAGUGGCACGGUGGUAAAACAAGGCUAUCUGGCCAAGCAGGGGCACAAGAGGAAAAACUGGAAGGUACGACGUUUUGUUCUGAGGAAGGACCCGGCUUUCCUGCAUUACUAUGACCCUUCCAAGGAAGAGAACAGGCCAGUAGGUGGGUUUCCUCUUCGCUGUUCACUCGUAUCUGCCCUGGAGGACAAUGGCGUUCCUACUGGGGUUAAAGGGAAUGUCCAGGGAAAUCUCUUCAAAGUGAUUACUAAAGACGACACACACUAUUACAUCCAGGCCAGCAGCAAGGCUGAACGAGCAGAGUGGAUUGAAGCUAUCAAAAAGCUAACAUGAAAAGGAUCUCAGGGAACAGGACCAGGAGUCCUCUCCGAGUCUCUCCUAUCAGAGGAUACAGACAGGAUUUCCUGGAGAAUGGGAGUGUGUUAAGACAUAACUUCUUUGUAUAUUUUGUACUGCUUUGGCGACAGACUGCUGAAGAAUUCCUCAGAUUACAAACAGCAGUGGUUCUAUCUCCUUCCCCAUCUUCAAGUUACCAAUCUGGAAAGGCAUCAGCACCUUGACUUUUGCCCAUCAUCACAAAUCAGCCAGCCAUUUCUGUGGGCACCAAAGUAGCUUCCCUUUGUUGGAACACUA